UCUAAGCCACGGGUCAGAGGAGUUGGAUUUUCAUUUCGCUCGUACCCCCGCCCUGCAAACAAAGUUUGCUCGCCAUACAGAAGGGCAACCUCCAUCACCUGAGAAAUUGAAAUGGCGCUGUCGACACACAAAUAUCAUGAAGCCCACAGUGUGUACAGGAGAUUGACCAACAGAGAGAAAACUUUAAUCGAAUGGUUCCAUGGAAAUACACAAAGUUUGUUGGACAACGCCUUUGCAGUGUCGAUGUUGCAGGAUACGGACGUGAAAGUGCUUAGUGUUGGAGCGGGGGACGGUCAUGUGGAAAGACCGAUCUUUUCCUGUCUCAGAGACAGCUUGGGAUAUUCCGAGAUGAAUGCUACCAUUGUGGAGCCAGAGGCAAGCAGCAUACAGCGCUUCCAGGAUCUAGUUGCUAAAGAGCCUCUGCAGGGUGUGAAUUUUGACUGGAGAUGUCAAACUUUCCAGAAAUACGACAAAUCCGAAGAGGCGGUGGGCGACAAGUUUCACAUCAUAACUUGCCUCGGCUGUCUGUACUACUUGGGAGACUUGGACGAGGUUUUAAAAAACCUGUACAGCAGGCUUGAAGAUGGCGGCAUUCUACUACUUGGGGUGGCACAAGGUGGAAUUGGUUUUGGAAAGCUAGUGCAGUAUCUUCAAACAAAACUGGACAACAGCGCCUGCACAGAACGCUACUCCUCCUGGGAAGUCCAAGACGCAUGCAAGAACCUCAACAUGGCCGUCUCACAGACGUACAUCAUCGAGGCGUACCUAGAUAUCUCGAUGUGUCUAGACAAACCCCCUGACCAGCUCUCACAAGACGCGCUAGCUAUGCUUGAUUAUAUCACGUAUAGAGAGGAUUUCGUUCGGCGAGCACCGCCAGAUUUGCUGGGCGAGGUGCUGAGGUUCUUAGGCAGCGAGUGCACGGAGAGGGGUCCGGCUGGGGAGUUCUUACUCGACGAGAGCACCGCCUUACUUGUCAUACGUCACGAGGGAUAAAUUUUGCACUGUUUUGUUUUUAAAUUUUUUUUGGAAGGGGUAGCUUCUCUGGUGUAAAGGAAUCUGAUUUCGUGUUUAUCCUAAACGUACCUACCGAAUUAUCAAAAAGUUUUUAGAGGAAUUUAGAAAAUUUAGAGGAAUGUUAAUGAAAAUUGUUCAAAUUGAAAAUAACUGCAACGGCGCCCUCAUACGUCAGGAGCCAAUGUAUUUUAACAUUGUGAUGAUAAUGUUUAAUACCAACCUCGUCCCCAGGGUGUCGAGCAGUACGCGCCCACCACGACCUGCUCUCUCUCUCUCUCUCUCACAACCUCGUCCCCAGGGUGUUGAGCAGUACGCGCCCACCACUACCUGCUAGGUUGGAAAAAGUAAGCACUGGGGACGAGGUUGGUUUUCAACAACAACAUGAACUGUGUAGUGACAUUUCUUAGUGUUAAGUCAUAUGCUAGAAUAUCAGAAUCUAAUUGGCCAGCACUGUUAGUGGGCGUGGCUUAAGUCAUCUACUGAGCAAUACUGCAUUUUGAUUGGUUAAUGCAUCUCUGUACUUUAGCAAUGAUAUAUAGGGAUCAUGUUGGCCUAUAUACAUGUACAUAUACAUUGUAACUAUCUGCAAGAACAGACAAUAUCAAUGUACUUCUCUAACCGCAAAUAAAAACAAACCACGAACAUCA